AUGGUGAAACCAUCAAACGGGAAUGGUUAUGUUUUUCGCCAGGCAAUGGAAAACUUUACUGUUUCUUUUCAUGAGACGUCUUCGGCUCAUCUCAAAGCUACGAUUUCUUUUCAAACGCGUUCUCAAGAAUCGGGCUGGAUCGAUUUCGAACUUAUCCAACAAUUGGACGACGAAAUAAACUAUUGGUGGAAUGUACUCAAAAGAGUAGCAUCCGUGAUUCUCUUUGUUAGCGAGCGUGGUUUACCUUUUCGAGGAGACAACGAAAUUAUUGGUUAUGCACACAACGGUAAUUAUCUUGGGUUGCUCGAAUUACUUGCCGAGUAUGAUGAUUUUCUGAAAGGACAUAUUGGAAAUCAUGCGAACCGUGGGCGAGGCCGUGUCAAUUACCUCUCGUCGACAAUUUGCAACGAAUUUAGACAGUUGAUCGUUCGACGUGUAUUCGAUGAAAUUAUUCGCCGAAUUAAACAUUCACAGUAUUAUUCGUUUACUCUUGAUUCUACAAAAGAUGAGGGUUACAUAGAUCAAUUAGUUUUAAUCUUUCGUUACAUAGAAGAAAAUGGUGAUCAGGUCGAGAGAUUUUUGCCUUCUAUGCCAAACCAGGGUCAUAAAGCAAAAGAUAUGUUUGACGGUUUGAUGAAUUUUUUAAAUAAGAAACAUCUUAAUAUAAAAAAUUGCCGUGGUCAGUCAUAUGACAACUCAUCGGCUGUGAGCGAGAAGUUUGCGGGUCUUCAAGCUUUGGUUCGAGAGGCGAAUGACUUAGCAUGCUGGGUUCCUUGUUUUGGACACUCGCUUAAUCUGGUUGGAACUGAUACAAUGAAUAGCUGUCCCAAGGCUAAAUUUUUUUUCAGUUUUCUGGAACAAAUUUAUGUCUUUUUCACCUCUUCGACAGAGCGCUAUAGCGCACUCGUUAGUUGCUUGAGAUCAGCAUGUACGCCAGAAAAUCCCGUACAUGUUCCGAAGAGGGUAAGCACAACUCGCUGGUCAUCACGAGCAGAUGCGACUAAAUUUUUAGUCCGUGGUUAUGCUCAAAUUAAAUCUACUUUAUUGGAAAUGGUAGGAGAGAAUAGCAAGGCACGCGGGUUAUAUGACCAAAUGUCCAAGCUCGAUAUCGGUAUCUUUGCCGUUUUCUGGAAUGAAAUUCUCUUCAGAGUUAAUCAUACAAGCAAAUGCUUACAGUCUCCUGAGAUAGUUCUAAACACCUCAAUAGAAAUGCUCAAAUCUCUUAAAUCUUUCAUUGAAAUUAAAAGAGAUUCACUUUCGGGGUACGAACGUCGAGGAGCAGAGCUAUGUGGAAAUAAACAGUAUGUAAUGGAGAACAAACGAAAGUGCACAGAAUUUCCGCAUACACAGAAAUACAUUCCCGAUUCGGUUUUCUGA